AUGGCAACAAAUACGUUUCGUAAUAAUAUGAGAAGAACUCCAAUGGGACAAUAUAUUCAUUCAACUCUACAAUGUCAUGUAGUUCUUGAUCGUUUGGAACAAUCAACUAUUGAUCAGAUAAUAAAAAAUUCAAUAAAAGAUAAUCAAACAAAUAAUACUACAACAUCACAAAUAAAACGAUCAUUAAGAAAUUCAUCUCAACAAGAAAAUUCUUCAUUUUCAAAUGAUCAACAAUCAUUAAAUCAAACAACAACAAAAACUACAACAACACGAACAACAAUAACAACUAUGACAACUGAAAAAACAACUGUUAAACAUAAAUCAACAACAACAUCAUAUAAUAAUAAUAAUAAUAAUUCAAAACGUUUUAAAAAAACAUCUGAUGAUAAUUGUAUUGAUAUAUCUGAUAAUAAUGAAUCAACAUUAACAUAUCAACGUAUUUAUUUAAAAUGUUUUGUCUGUUUAAAACGUGAAUAUAUUGAUGCACAAACAACAAAUAGUGAUAUAUUACAUUCACAUUGGCUUGAACAUGGUAAUGAUUUAUCAUUAAAUAUUUAUGAUUCAAUAAUUGAUUCAAUUUUAACACGUGUUGUGGAAUUUUUUUAUUUUCCUAAACGACAUACAUUAGAAGGAAAAAUUCAAACUGUAUUUAUAUUAAAUUCAAAAGAAAUACGUAAAACUUCAUCAAAUUCAUUAGAUGAUGAUGAUACAUGUAUAGUUCUUGAUUAA